AGGGCCACAGGUCUAAGUCCAGUUUGUACAAGGGCACUUUGAGGAGUGGCGUCAGACAGGAGUAAAGUGGAUACUUGGUGAGAAAAGCGAAAUAAAGGUCAGCUGAGGCUUUUGGUUGACAUCAUGUACCAGCUGGACCAGCCUGAGUGUAACUGGAGGACGUUUGUAUAGUUCUGACGUGGCUGUUUCAGGAUGACACCCGAAGGAACUCGUUUAACAGCUCUGCUACUUUUGGAGCCGGUGAUUCAGGAAGUUUGACUUUGUCCCUGAGGAAUUACUGUGGGUCUAAGGCAAAGUGUGUUUGUGUGCGUUUGUGUGUGUGAGCGCAAGUGAGUGUGUAGGGUGCUAUUUUUGAACUUAUGAUGGGGGACCCUGGUGUGGUCCCUUACUCAAGUUUCCUCAGUGUUUUAGGUGUGUGAGUGUGUAAGCGCUGUGUGUGUGUGUAUGAAUGUGGAGUACUGUGGCGUUACUUGAUCUUGAAGGAAGCCGAGUGUGCGGUUCGGUGCCAGAUUGAGACACUUUCGCUGUUGAAGCAGAACUCAUGGACAACAUCAUCACCUGGUCCAGUACAGUUACCUGGCAACAGGAGGAUUUCAGAGAGGACGGUUUAAGGCUCUAACUACGCCAUGUCUAAUGGUGGGGGAGCGGCUGGAGGAGUGAGUAGCUCCACCCACCUGCUGGACCUGUUGGAGGAGCCCAUUCCUGGUGUUGGCACCUACGAUGACUUCCACACCAUUGACUGGGUCAGGGAGAAGUGCAAAGACCGGGAACGGCACCGCAAGAUUAACAGUAAGAAGAAGGAGUCAGCAUGGGAGUUCACCAAGAGCCUGUACGACGCCUGGUCCGGGUGGCUGGUGGUGACGCUAACAGGGCUGGCUUCAGGUGCGUUGGCAGGUUUGAUAGACAUUGCUGCUGAUUGGAUGAAUGACCUGAAGGAGGGUGUUUGUCUGAGUGCCAUGUGGUUUAAUCAUGAGCAGUGCUGCUGGGGGUCGAAUGAGACCACGUUUGCCGAAAGAGACAAAUGCCCACAGUGGAAAACCUGGGCUGAACUCAUCCUGGGGCAGGCUGAGGGUCCAGGCUCCUACAUCAUGAACUACUUUAUGUACACAUACUGGGCUUUGGCCUUUGCCUUCCUGGCGGUGUGCUUGGUCAAAGUGUUUGCUCCGUAUGCCUGCGGCUCAGGUAUUCCUGAGAUUAAGACCAUUCUCAGUGGCUUUAUAAUCCGAGGCUACCUCGGGAAGUGGACGCUGAUGAUAAAGACCAUCACCCUGGUGCUGGCUGUGGCGUCAGGCCUCAGUCUGGGGAAGGAGGGGCCUCUGGUUCACGUGGCUUGUUGCUGUGGCAACAUCUUCUCUUACCUCUUCCCCAAAUACAGCAAAAAUGAGGCCAAGAAACGAGAGGUGCUUUCUGCAGCAUCAGCGGCGGGUGUGUCGGUGGCUUUUGGGGCUCCGAUAGGAGGCGUUCUCUUCAGUCUGGAAGAGGUGAGUUACUACUUCCCCCUGAAGACACUGUGGCGGUCCUUUUUCGCUGCCCUGGUGGCGGCUUUCGUGCUGCGCUCCAUUAACCCAUUUGGAAACAGUCGCUUGGUACUGUUUUAUGUGGAGUACCACACGCCCUGGUACCUGUUUGAGCUUUUCCCUUUCAUCCUGCUUGGCGUGUUUGGAGGGCUUUGGGGAGCCUUCUUUAUCCGAGCCAAUAUCGCAUGGUGCCGCAGACGCAAAUCCACACGCUUUGGUAAGUAUCCAGUGCUGGAGGUGAUCACGGUCGCUGCCAUCACAGCCAUCGUUGCUUUUCCAAAUCCGUACACGCGGCAGAACACCAGCGAGCUGAUUAAAGAGUUGUUCACGGACUGCGGGCCGCUGGAGUCAUCUCAGCUCUGUCAGUACCGCAGUCAGAUGAAUGGCAGCCAGGCAUACCCUGAGGGCUCAGAUGCAGCCGCCACCCCUGGAGUCUACUCUGCCAUGUGGCAGCUCAGCCUGGCGCUCAUCUUUAAGAUUGUGAUGACCAUCUUCACCUUCGGUUUAAAGGUGCCAUCAGGUCUGUUUAUCCCUAGUAUGGCGAUUGGGGCAAUAGCAGGGAGAAUUGUGGGCAUUGCUGUAGAGCAGCUGGCCUACUACCACCACGACUGGUUCCUGUUUAAAGAGUGGUGCGAGGUGGGCGCUGACUGCAUCACUCCUGGUCUCUAUGCCAUGGUGGGCGCAGCAGCCUGCUUAGGUGGUGUUACGAGGAUGACCGUGUCUCUGGUGGUCAUUGUGUUUGAGCUGACUGGAGGGCUGGAGUACAUUGUGCCGCUAAUGGCUGCAGUGAUGACCAGUAAGUGGGUGGGAGACGCGUUUGGGCGCGAGGGAAUCUAUGAGGCACACAUCCGGCUAAACGGAUACCCCUUUCUGGAUGCCAAAGAGGAGUUCACGCACACCACGCUGGCACGGGAGGUGAUGCGACCGCGGCGGAAUGACUCUCCGUUAGCAGUUCUGACACAGGAUGACCUGACACUGGGAGAACUGCAGGCCAUCAUCAAUGAGACAAGCUACAACGGCUUCCCCGUCAUUGUCUCAAAGGAGUCCCAAAGACUGGUUGGCUUUGCACUCCGCAGGGACAUCACUAUUGCUAUAGAGAACGCCCGGCGAAAGCAGGAAGGCAUCGUUCUGAACUCCCGUGUGUAUUUUACCCAGCAUGCUCCAACCCUGCCCGCGGACAGCCCGCGCCCCUUGAAGCUCCGCAGCAUCUUGGACAUGAGCCCUUUCACAGUCACUGAUCACACGCCCAUGGAGAUCGUAGUGGACAUCUUCCGCAAGCUCGGCCUGCGCCAGUGCCUCGUCACCCACAACGGGAUUGUAUUGGGCAUCAUCACAAAGAAGAAUAUUUUAGAGCAUCUGGAGGAGCUCAAGCAGCACACGGAGCCCCUGGCGCCUCCUUGGUAUUAUCACAAAAAAAGAUAUCCUCCGUCAUAUGGCCCAGAUGGCAAACCAAGACCCCGAAUCCAUAAUGUUCAACUAGUGCCCUCCCACACUGGACGUGAGGAAGAGGAGGAGAGCGAAGAAGAGGUCCGAUUACUGGACCGGACAUCACACUGACCUCAUGCCCUGUCCCACCCACCCUCUUUUUUUGCCACUGCCCUGGUGUAAACCUCUGGAAGCCUUCCACGCAGGCCUCGGGGCAGGAGAAGGACGCCCGUGGAAAAUCCUGACUGCUCAAAGAGGCUUGGAGAUCGGGCAGAGCUCCGACCCCACUGCCCUAACCUGCUGACGGUCAUCCACAUGCUAACUUGCUAAAGCUAACGUACUCACACAAAUAAAAGGCAUGCAACCACGACGGCGCCACACGGCCCAGGCACCUUCACUCAAACCACCCUGGUCUGGCUCAGUUCCACCUUGUGUGACCUUCCUUACUAAGAGAGAGAGAGGGCUUGUUGCUGGGGUGAAAGGUCAUGAUGAACCGCUCAACAGCGAGGAGGGACCUUCACGAAGAAGCCUCAAUGAUGACAACCUGCCGCUGUGACCCCUGGCACUUCAACUGCCCUGCCCUCACCUCCCCCUACUGCUAAACUCUACAACCAUUGUUUACCUGUGACACGUGUGAGUGCGAGUCAGAGAGCAUGUUUAGGAACGACAGUGUGUGACAGUGUUUGCAUGUGUGUACGAGAGUGAAGUGUGUAAGAAAAGGAAGAAGGAAGCCCCCCCUCUCACAUUCCAAACAGGAAGUCACCACCUGCCCCCCGAUUCAUUCUGGAAUGCUGUUCUUUCCAUCCGAGGAAGCAGGCUGGCCGUGGAUGUGUGUUAGUGUGAAUGAAGGAGUGACUGAGCUGUUGAUAUUGGGGUGAUUGAAGUCAAUAAUGAAACAAACGCUGAUCCAUUGAGUAUUUAACGUUGGCACAUGAUCAAAUGUACAAAAAAAAAAAAAACAGCUCACCUCAUGGGAAGCUGCCUAAAGUGAAUUUAUUAGUUUGUUCAUUUGUUUGUUUGUUUUCUGAACUUAUGACGCAACAAACACUACAAACACGCUUGUGAAUUGAACAGUCAGGAGAAUAAAAGCGCCAGGCCCCGCUACAUUUUGUUGGCAGGUCUAAGAGCAUCAAUGGUACUGAGAAAUAAAACUGGAAGUCAUGCUUUUUGGUACUGGAAAUGGGAAAAAAACACAAUAUUUUUCUUUUCAAGCUAUUAUUUUUAUUAUUAUUAAUGGUACUACAUUAGAUGUACUGAUCAUGUAAUUUACCAGGUAAGUCCUUGUAAUUUUAAGGAAAAAUGUGACUUGAACUUGUACUGCACUUGAUUUUUUUUGUUGUUGUUUUGUUUUUACGAUCAUAAUCGGCUGCUUUUACAUCAGUUUCCACGUUUUCAUCAUAAAAUGUGAAUAGUCAACCAACCCGUGUUGCUGUAACCCAUGUUGUCGUUUCCUAAUCGAUUGAGGAAGUCUUGCAUGGUCCGCACUCAUGCUCAGUUUGUCAAAAUGGCAAAAUAAAAUUGAUUGUGGUUGUGCUUACUUUAUACAAAUACAGGGCUUUCUUUGAUCGAAGGACGAUUUGCACGAGGCUGAUGUGCCAUUACUCGUUUCAUCUUGUAUAGAAUCUUCAGAGCAGGAGAACCUACUUAGUUUUUUUUUUUGCAUCAUAACAGUACAUGUCCACUGAAUGCCAUUUGGAAUUCUCUAUCCAGUUCCUCUGCCAAGAUUUUGUUGCUUAAGGGCUUGUCUGUAAACACCACAGGUAGCGAAAGGAUGAGUCUUAUUGAUUUGCUGUUUAAUCCAAAUUUUAAAGGGUACUACUGGAAACAAUAUCAGUAAAUAUUUUGAAAUAAAAUGUUUUAGUAUGGUCAGAGAAGCUCAGCAGACUACAACACUAACCAUAGUGCUUUAUCAUCAGUUUGACUCCCAUUCUAUUAUUGGUCAGCACAGGCAUCUGUUGGCUGAUGUAUCUGAGCUGGGAAUUCAGCACUUUCCUGUGAGCUCUUUGGCUACCUAGUAAUGCUAGCAUUGCCGGUGGCUGGCUUCACUUGUAUCGAAGGAGGCAUAUGCUUGUCCUCACCCUUCUGGUGUUUGGUUCAAUGCAAGUGAUGGGGAGUCUGAGUGAGUAAGAGGGUAAAAGGAUAAAACUGAAUGUAGGGAAAAAAUAGUUUUAAAAAAAUGACAUUUUAAUAUACAUGAUUUACACCAUGUCAAUUACUGGUGUUUAUUACAGGGUGCAUUACAUAGGUAAAGUAUUAUUCAGAGGUUUGUUAGUACAUAUAUCUAUUGUUUAGAGAAUUAUAGAUUAUGAAUGAUGUUGUAAUAUACAUUUUGGCCAUAAUAUCCAGCUUAAUUUUACAUUUCUGUGCAAAAUGAAGGCAGUUAAUCUAUUUAUCCAUAUUAUGGCAUCCAAUAAUAUAUAUUUUAACUCGUUUGCACUUUAAAAAAAACUGUACCUAUGGAGAUUAAGUGCUCUACAUUAGCUACACCAUGCAUCAGCAAAAGAAGAGGGUUGUGGCAGCAGCUGUGCUAUAUACACGCUCGAAAUGGUCAUGCGAUUAAUAUCUGGGUUCACAUACAUGUCAUGGUUGUACAUGCAAUCCCUCAGUCCCUUACACAUUUACUUACUAUAUGCUACCAGCAGCUGAAAACAAAUAGGGGGAGAAUUUUUGGAUUAUGACAUCACAUGCAGUGGACAUGUACUGUAAUUUACAUACAGGACUUUUUUUCUGGGCAGUAUAGCUAACUGUCCCAUGUGAUUAAUUGAAUUAACUUAUAUCACAACUCAACAUUCAUCUCUUAAUCAAAUGGUAAAACAUUCGCAAACACUGGAAGUUUGAAAAACUGAGAGACCUCAAAUCUCAUCUUUGCGUAAUGUUGCAUAACUAACUCUGGUGUGGAAUUAAAGCUAGUUGUGACAUGCAUCAGUCCAUAUGUUGGUGUCUGUAACAUAACCGAACCCCUCUACCGUUUACAGUAACUCCCACCUUCCUGCUUUACAGUAACUUGAACGCGAUCUGCCUGUGGCUGGGUUCUCCAGACUUGGUUUUUGAUGUUUGUGAACAUUGUUGUGCUCAGCAGUGUCAUAAAUUUGUAGUCUCUUUCUUUUAAUGUUGCUUUGGAUCUUCUUUUCUAUUUUACUUCUCUCUUUGCUAAGUAACAUUUUUUUUAGCAAUCUGAAAGUCUGUGAAUUUGUUUUGGACCUCCACAAAAAAGCAAACAAAAGAAAUGAACUGGAAAAAAAGUCUCUGCUUUGUUUCCAUUGUGACACAAACACACACACACUAGGCUUUUCCACUUAAGUGAGGCUUACAGCAGAGGAGGUGGGAAGGGAUUCUGAUAUCGACUGCAGUUGGUGUGUGUUUGUCAGCCGAAUGAAGGAAAGAAAAACAGCCCUUUUGUCCCUACUGUUCCCCUCCUGUUUUAUUUAUAUUAGUGCUAGACUUGUACACUACUGUAAGAAGGGUUGAUUGUACAUUUGAAACAAAUAUGUAAAAUUAAAUUGUUUAAAAUGAA